AUGGAUUCUAGGGUUUCGAAUUGCAAGCAAGGUUCGUUCAUGGAUGCAGGGACGAAUGAAAAGGUAAAGUUACCAAAAGAAUUACACAUACACGAUGAUAUUGCAUUUUCCAUUCUAUCAAAGUUAUCCAUUAAAUCUCUGAAGCGAUUUGAAUGUGUUUGCAAAUCAUGGUCCCUCUUGAUUGAAAAUCCUAAUUUCAUGAUUUCGUACCGCAAAGUUUUCUUAACAAAGGAACACCCUGAUUGUGAUCAUACAUCUCUUCUUCUACAUGGAAAGGUCACUCCUUUAGAAGUUCCAUAUCAAGAUGGAAAAUUUGAGUUGUUUUCUAUUUCUGGCGAUAGGUUUGAGAAAAAGGUCAAAUUAGAGUGGCCAAGGGUCAAGUAUGAUCCGUCAAAAUCUUUAUAUACUGUUUUUGAACAUGUGUUUGGUUAUGUUCCUAAUUUUAAUAUUUUAGGUUCAGGUAGUGUUAAUGGGAUCCUCUGUCUUCUCCCGGCAUCCCUACUGAAUAAUGUCGUUCUGUGGAAUCCAUCUAUUAAUGAGUUUAAGGUCAUUCCGCCUCCACCUAGUUUUGUUAAUGAAAAACGUUUUUCUCAUAUUCAUCGUGGAUUUGGUUAUGACCGUCUCACAGACGACUAUAAAGUGAUAUGUCAUAGUCAUAUAUUUGGUAUGAAAGAUGUUUGGGAGAUAUAUAGUCUAAGAACUAAGUCUUGGAGAAUGCUCGAUCUCAGUAUGCAUCACAAGUUUACGAACGGAGGACAAUUGUACUUGGAUGGACUCUCCCAUUGGAUGUGCGAAUAUGAAACACGUGACGGAAUAUAUCUGAUGUUGUCAUUUGACUGGAGCAAUGAAGUUUUCAUUCAGACACACGAACCCUUAGACAUAGAUGACAACUUUGUGCCAUUAGUAAGGAGACACUUGGUGCUAUUGAAUGGGUCUAUUGCUUUGAUCUCAAAUUUCACUGAGGAGGGUACAUUUCAGAUUUCAGUUUUGGGUGAAGUUAGUGUUACGGAAUCAUGGACUAAAAUGUUUAUUGUAGGACACGUCCCUUUCCCUGUGUAUCUCGUCGGAGCAGUAAGGAACGGUGAUAUGGUGUUCAGAAUAAAAGACGGUCGUCUGAUUUUGUUCAAUUUAACGACCCAAACGAUUGAGGAACUUGGUAUUAAAUCAAAGGGAAUUUGUAAGAUACUAAUUCAUAGAGAAAACCUUAUUCCGUUUGAAGGAACGAGUAUUUAA